AUGGCCUCCUUAAGCGUGAUUCGGUCAACAACAGGCUUCUCAUCGGUGGUUAAUGAGGACUUCAUAUACGAGCAAGACGUGCUACGCGAUCCAGCUAGCGCCAAACCUUGGCUAGGAUACAUCAAAUACAAGACUCGCCAUGGGUCCCUGUCGCAGCAAAAUUUCGUCAUGGCGCGCGCCUGUGCACAAUUACCGCGAUCAUACAAGCUCUGGAAGAUGUAUCUAUCUUUCCGCGUUAGGCACGUCUCAAAGCUAAAUCCAGCUGUCUUCGCUGCCGAAUAUGGCAAAGUCAACUCUUUGUUUGAAAAGGCCCUUAUACUUCUGAAUAAGAUGCCUCGGAUAUGGGAGAUGUAUCUUCAAUUUCUCAUUAAACAGCCGGCAAUCACUUUGGUGAGACGAAGCUUUGACCGUGCCUUAAGGGCGCUACCAAUUACUCAGCAUAAUCGAAUAUGGACUCUAUAUAUACCAUUUGCGAAUGCCGCGUCGGGUGACACUGCCCUCAAAAUCUGGCGACGAUAUAUUCAGGCACAUCCAGAAGAGGCCGAGAACUUUAUCGAACUUCUUAUCGAGUCAGGUGCCUACACCGAAGCGGCAGUAAGCUACAUCAACCUCUUGAAUAAUGUUCGAUUCGCUAGCAAGAAUGGAAAGGGCCACUACGAGUUAUGGACCGAGCUGGUAGAUCUCCUUGUAGACCAUGCUUCCGAAAUUGAGGCAAACUACGAGUCGGGCGUGGAUGUUGAGAGUAUCAUAAGAAGCGGAAUAGCUCGCUUUCCUGAUCAGAGAGGCAAACUGUGGGUAGGUCUCGCGACGUACUGGAUUCGAAGAGGCAAUUUCGAACGCGCACGAGAUGCCUUCGAGCAGGCUAUUACAACUGUUAUGACGGUCAGGGAUUUUGCUUUGAUAUUCGAGUCUUACACGGAAUUCGAAGAGUCCAUAAUCAAGGCGCUGAUGGAAAGUGCAACAGAGCGCCUUGAUACAGGAGAAGGCGACGACGAUGCUGAGCUUGAAUUGGAUGUACGAAUGAUGCGGUUCGAGUAUCUGAUGGACCGGAGGCCGUUUUUAGUCAACGAUGUGCUUCUUCGCCAAAAUCCAAAUCUUGUCUCAGAGUGGGAAAAGCGAGUGGCCCUAUGGGGGGACAAUAAACAGGAGGUUGUGCGCACGUAUACCGAUGCUAUCGCAUCCGUCCACCCGAAGCGAGCCGUAGGGUCAUUCCACAAGCUCUGGGCGAAUUAUGCACGCUUUUAUGAGCAGGGAGGGGAUUUGAGAAAUGCUCGCAUCAUCAUGGAGAAGGCGGUCAAGGUUCCUUUUAAAUCCGUCGCCGAACUAGCUGACAUGUGGAUUGAAUGGGCAGAAAUGGAACUGCGAAAUGAGAAGUUUGAUGAAGCGGUCCGGAUCAUGACGAAGGCCGUUCAAGCUCCGAAGCGGUCGACAGUCGACUACUUCGACGAAACACUCUCUGCGCAUCAGAGGGUCCACAAGAGUUGGAAGCUCUGGAGUUUCUACGUGGAUCUCGUGGAAAGUGUCUCGACCUUAAGCGAAGUCAAAAGAGUGUAUGAACGCAUUUUUGAACUUCGGAUCGCGACACCACAGACUGUUGUCAACUACGCCAAUCUUUUGGAGGAGCAUAAGUAUUACGAAGAGUCAUUCAAAAUUUAUGAGAGGGGUUUGGAUCUAUUCAGCUAUCCUGUAGCAUUCGAGCUAUGGAACCUAUAUCUUACGAAGGCAGUAGAUCGAAAAAUUGGUAUUGAGCGACUUCGAGAUCUCUUCGAGCAAGCUGUCGAGGAUUGUCCACCGAAAUUUGCAAAGACUAUCUACUUGAUGUACGGGAACUUGGAGGAAGAGCGUGGCCUAGCACGACAUGCGAUGCGGAUAUACGAGAGAGCAACGAGGGCCGUUGACGAUGAAGAUCGUGCUGAUAUGUUCAAUUUCUACAUUACUAAAUCUGCUUCUAAUUUUGGCCUGUCGUCUACGCGCCCUAUAUAUGAAAGGGCCAUAUCAGCAUUGCCAGAUGCUGACGCAAAGGAGAUGUGCCUUAAGUUUGCCGAUAUGGAGAAACGAUUGGGUGAGAUUGACAGAGCCCGGGCAAUCUACGGACACGCAUCGCAGUUUUGUGAUCCUCGAACAAACGCCGAGUUCUGGGCGAGGUGGGAACAGUUUGAGGUUCAGCACGGUAAUGAAGAUACAUUCAAGGAAAUGCUGCGCAUCAAAAGGAGCGUUCAGGCGCAGUACAAUACCGACGUCAAUUUUAUCGCAUCGCAGGCGCUUGCUCGAAGUCAACAUAGUUCAGACUCACAUGACCAUCCUGUCGGUGCCAUGACGGAGCUCGACAGGCAAUCCUCGGCGCUGCAGGGCUUUGUUGCAGCAAGCGAAGGCACCCUGUCAGGAAAGACUAGCCAGCCAAGUCAACCAGUCAACCCAGACGUGAUCGAUAUUGACGGCCUUGAGGAUUGA